AUGAUAAAAAUAAAUAAGGUACUCGAAAUUAAUAUUAAUGACAUUGCUAAUGAUAUAAAUGUAUUUGAAAAAAAAAAUAAAGGAAAUAAUAAUAUAGGGAGACUAGAAGUAAAACGCGAUAAAUGUUAUUUUCAUAAAAGAACAAUAACAAAAUAUAAAAAUACAUUUACAAUUUCAUUAGGCAGAUAUAUAUUUAUAUGUAUCCUUCAAGACAAUAAAUGGAAACUAUUCAGAUACAACUUCUCUCAUAAAGUUAGUAAAUGCAUAUGUAUUGAUAAUUUGAAUCUGUUAAUAAUACAAAAGAACAAUCAACUAGUUAUCAAGGAAUUCAAAAAAAUUGAUACGAAUAAAUCUAUAAAUGAUAUAAAAUUAUUAAAAAAACAUGUUUUUGCUAUAUAUAUCAAUUUUUUUUAUAUACACAAUGAUCAUAUUUAUGUUGUUGAGAAAUAUGGAAAACUAAUGGAACUUGAUAUAAAAGAAUUACUUGAUCCUUCUCCAUCAUUUAAAGAAAUAGAGGAUUUUGAAUUAAAAAAAAAUGAAGUUUAUUUUAAAAUUGAAAAUAACAUUAUUUUAAUUAUAGCCUAUUGUGAUAAUAAAAAAGAAGAAAUAAAUAUAAUUAUUUAUAACUUAAAAAAUAGAAAAGUUAAAUAUGUAGAAAUAGAUAUAUCAUGUUAUAUUAAAAAAGAAGAUAAUAAGAGAAAUAUUGAAUAUAUUACACUGAAUGAUAAUUAUAUAGUUAUAUUAUUUAAUACUAAUGAUUUUAUAAUUUUGAAAAAAGAAAAAGAUUCUAAUACAUACGAAAUUUAUAAAUAUCUUGAUAAAAAUAAAUCAAGUCAACUGAAAUAUUUUAACAACAAAAGUUUAAAGGAAAUUGAAUGUUAUUCAUUGGAAUACAUAAAAAAAAUAAAUAAAAUUUCUUCUAUUUAUUUAAAUAAAGACAAUAAUUUAUUUCUAAUUUACAGUGAUGUCUUCUUACCAGAUUUAUAUUUAAAUAAAAAUAAAUUUAUAUAUCCUUCAUUUGUUCGAAAUACAGGAAAUAUGUUAAAUUCUUAUUGUAAAGAAUUUGCAAAAAAAUUUUUUUCUAAGUUUCUUAGUCAAGAUAAAUUCAAUAAUAAUUCAUUAUUAUAUGAUAUAAAUGAACAAUUAAUUAAGAACACGAACAUUAAUAUGUGUAAUAUAAAUAUUUUAGAUAAAAAAAUUAAUGCAUUAGAUUUAAAUUUUAAUGAUGAAAUAUACAGUUUAUAUAGUAAUACUUUAAAUAUUUUAAAAGAAGGUUUGAACAAUAUCGAUGAUAAGCAUCAUAACCAAGAAACAAAGUUAGAAGAAGCUUUACAUAUGCCUAUUCGUUUAGACAUAUAUGAAAUAAACCAGAAUAAAAUAAAAAUACUUAAUAACGAAUUGUAUGAUGAUAUAUCUGAAAAGGGUUUUUUGAAUAUGGAAUUUCUAAAGGAUAUAGCAAAAAAUAAAAACCAAAUUGGUGACAAUCAUUUAUACAAUAAUAUAUAUUUAUGUGAAAUAGAUAGACAUUUUUUAAUUUUAGAAAACAUAUAUGAUGAUUUUAAUUUAACAUUGUAUGAAGUAAAAUUUUUAAAUAAAAUAGAAUUAUUAAUUUAUCAAUUUUUUAAUAAUUAUUAUGAUUCUAUUUUAUUAGCUGAGCGUAAACAUUUUAGUUUAGUUCAUCAAUUUUAUGUUUAUUCUGUAUAUGAUUAUAGUGGAAAAUAUUUCGAUGCUCCUUUAAUUGAUUAUCAAUGCUUAUUUAAAAUUAAAAAUAUAUUUGAUUUCCUUGAAAGAGCAAUAAAAUAUGAUCCAUUUUUAUUUAGAGAUGAAGAUGAUGAAAAUAUAAUUGAGCUUUUAAAUUUAAAAAAUAAUUCAAAUAAUAAAUGUGAUAAUGUCAUAACUAAUUUAAAUAUAGAUGAAGAGAAUAGUAAUUAUCAUAAUUUAUUUUUUCUACUUAAUGAAACUAAUCCCUUCUCAUCUAAAUAUGUUAAUAAUUAUUACAACGUAAAAAAAAUAAAUACUACAGCUUUAUUCAACAAUAUAGAUAUAAAUAUACAUUUAUAUAAAUUAAAAAAUGUUUUAUAUUAUUCUCUAAAAAGAAUAAAUUAUAUAUUAGAAGAGGAAAAUGAAUCAACAUAUUCAAUAAAUUCUGAAGAUGAAGAGGACGAAGAAAAUAUUAUAAUUAAAUUAACAAAAAACAAAAUUAAAAAAAAAAUAAAGACAAAAACAAAUAUAAAGAGAGAAUACGAGAAUGAAAAAGAAUAUAAUGAAAAUGAAUAUGAUUCAUUUGAUGAAAAAGAGGAUGAUGAAAGUUGUAUCAAUAAAAUAUGGGGACUAUCAAUUAAUGAGGAAGAGUUAGAUGAAUAUGAUUCCUCUUUAGAUUUAUUAAAAGAAAAAAAACAUGAGAAAAAAGAGAUGGAAGACAAAAAUUUUAAUUUACUUAAUACAGAAUUAAAUGGGAAUGAUGACCAUUUAAUAAAUAUAAAGGAAGAUGAAAUCUUAAAAAAAAAAUUAAUUAAUUAUAAAAGAGAAAUAAUAAGUCAAAUUUAUAAAUUUAAACUAUAUAGAUAUAUAAUGAAAUUAUUGGAUAAAGAAAGAAGUAAUAACUAUUUUUCUAAAUUUGAUGAAAAAAAUAAAAAUUUAAAUAUAAUAAAAUGUAAUAACAAAAAUAAAUUUUCUGAUAUUUUUAACAUUUUUAAGAAAAAUACAAAUGAUUCAAUAAAUAUAAAUGAAGAAAAAAACGAUAAUAAAAAAAGUAAUAAUAAUGAUGAUAAAAAUUUAAAUUCAACUAAUAUAUAUAUUAUUAGUUGGACAAAAUUUAAAUAUCAUUAUUCUCCAUUUGAUAUUUUAAAAUAUUUCUUAAUUAAUCAAAAUUAUCUUUUGAUAAAAAUAUUCUAUAAAUACUUUAAUACAUUUGUCAAUUAUAAUUGGCAAAAGAUUUAUUAUUAUAUUCCAAUAAAUACAAAUAUUGAAGAUUUUUUUUUUCUGUUACCAAUUAUUAAAAAAACGGAAGAUUAUGUAGAUACAUAUGAAUUAAAUGAUUAUAAUAUUAAAAAUAAUAAUAAUAAUAAUAAUAAUAAUAAUAAUAAUAAUACAAUUAUCAAUAAGGGAAUUCAGUGUUCCAAUAUUAAAUCAUCUGAGAAUAUUGGUGAUAUAUUAGAAAAUGAAUCUUUAAAUAAUUUAGAAAGUAAAAGAAGUGAAAAAGAAUAUUCCUUAUUUUUUUAUAAAAAUAUUGACAUAAAUUGUAUUAAAAAUUUUGAUAUAGAAUGUAAUGAAUGUGCUUUUUUUGAAUUUUUUAUAAAUAGAAGUAUUAAUAUUAUAAAGAAAACACAUUUAAUUAAAAGUCGUCUUUUAGCAUUUGCUUAUAUUUGCUUAAAACAAAUAAAUAAUAAUAACAUUUAUAAAAUAUUUAAAUAUGAUAAUUUAUUAAAGAAAUACACUUUUAAUAAAAGAUAUUUUAUUGCAUCUGAUAAUAAUAUUUUAAAUAAAAAUAAAAAUUAUUCCAAUAAUUUAAUAGAAGACUAUGAUAAAAAUAGAAAAAACUCGAAAGAAGGAAAUGUAGAUAUGAAUGAGGAAAAUAAUAUAAGUACAUUUAAUUUUAAUGAUAUUAUAUUCAUAAAAAACAAUUUGUUUGUUAAUUUAAAAAAAGAUAAAAUUUCAAAUAAAAAUGUUAUAUUAAUGUAUAGUUUUUUUAUUCUUAUUAAAAUGUAUAUUAUUUGUAAAGAGAAUAAUAAAAAUAUAAAAUUUGAUGAAUUUUUAGAAAUGGAUAUUUAUGAUAGAUUAUGCUUGAUUUUAGAUUUUGAUAUAAAAUACUUAUCCUAUGAAUAUGACCAAGAAAAUUAUAUAAAAAAUUUUUAUGAUAAAUUUCAAGAUAUUUUACAGAAUUAUAAAUUUAUCAACGAGCAUAUAAUAACAACUAAUAAAAAUUAUCUAAUUUUCGAUAAAGAAGUGGUUAAUUUAAGUUAUAAAAGGGCAAAUAAUUUUUUAGAAUGCUUAUAUAUAAAUGCUUUAUAUUCAUCACAACAACUUUUUAUAAUAUUUUGUUUAAAAACACUGGAAAUAUUACAAUCAAAAAACUUUUGCUCUAAUUACGAAAAAUCAAGUAAAAGCAUAUCAUGUUUAUUAAGUGAAAACUUACUCGCAGAUAAAAAAAAAAAAAAGAUGAAAAAAAAAACAGCUGAAUUAGAUAAGGUAUUAAUUUUUUUAAAAUAUAUUUACUUUAUUUAUAAAAACAGAAUUAUUUUUAAUGAUGAUUAUGAAUAUUCUUUUUUCUUUUUAAUAAUUUUUUAUAAACACAUGAAAAUAAAUUUACUAUAUUUUACAUCUAUAUUUAAUGAUUUUUACAAUCUUUUGCCUAAACAAAUUAAAGUAAAUAAAGAAAAAUUAUCAUUAGAUCAAAUACAUAUGAAAAGUCAAUUGUGUUCUGAAAAAAUUAUAUCAGAUAGUAAGAGAGAUACUAAUUUCUUUAAUCUUAUUCACGUUUUUAAAACAAGUGAUAGUUAUAGUAACACAAUAAUAUUAGAUGAAUAUUUGAGUCAUAUUGUUAUUUAUUAUUAUGAUAGCAUUAAAAAGAAUAACUUAAAAUUACAAACAAAUUUUGAAGAAGAAGAAAAAUUAGACCAAUGUAAAUUAAUAGAAAGGUAUUUAGAUAUGUUUGAAAAACAUUUAAAUGCAUUGGAAUUAGUAAAACAUUUUAAAAAGGAUUUCACUAGACAAGAAUAUGACUUAAAAAUAAAUAUUGAUAUAAUUAUAAGUUCAAGAAAUAAUAUAAAAAAAAAUAUAGUAAAUAUAUACAAAUUAUUUAAAAUCAUCAUAUUAAACACUAACUAUAAAGAUAAUAAUUUCACUAAGAAUUGUUUACAAUUAUAUUACAAUUUAUUUUUAUACUCUGAUUUAUAUUUAUAUUUUUUGAUUUUAUUUUAUAUUAUCUUAUUUUAUUCUAGUGAUUUCGAAUAUUUGUAUUCUUUUAUGAAAUUCUAUAAAGAAUAUAGUCAUUUAGAUAUGAACGAAUAUAGUUAUAUAAUAAAUUAUUUAAUUACUAACAGAGUAAAAAGUAUUACUAUAUAUGACAAUUUUAUAGAAUUAUAUAAUUUUUUAAAAAAAGUAUAUUCUCCAGAAAAUUUUUUCAAUUUAAAAAAGAAUGAUGAAAUUUUAACAAAUUUAAGAAUACUAUACUAUAUACAAAAUUUUAUAAAUAAAAAUAGAUACAUAACAUCGUCAGAUGGCACUAAUACACACAAAAAAAUUUCUGAAUCAAAUGAAGAUAUAUAUAAAUCUUUUUCUAAAUUAAUUUCACAGUCCUAUGAAAAAGGCAGUAAGAAUUAUAUAAAAAAAAAAUAUAUAAAUGACAAAAUGUUUAUUUUUUACAAUAGUAUUUUCUAUGAUAGUUACAUAAAAGUGAAAAUGGAAGUAAACAAAUUUAAAAUAUUUAAAAAUAUUGUUGAAAAUAAUUUAAAUCUAUGUUGUAAUUAUAGAAAAACUUUAAAUUUAAUAAAAUUGCUAAAUAUAAACAGUGAACAUUUGAUUGAUACUAUUAUAUAUGUUAUAUAUAUAUUAAGAAUAAAAAAAAAAACUCAAAUGUUACCUUUUUAUUUAAUUCUUUUUAUAAUUUUAUUCCAAAACCAAAAGUUAAGAAAAAAUUAUAAAUUAUUUCUUGAAAAUGUUAUCAUAUAUUAUAGUAAGUUUUCAGAACAAUCAAUUAACUAUAUAUAUAAUUUUUCUAUGUUUUUUUUCUCUCAUCUAUCUUUAAAUUAUUCUUUGUGCUUAAAUAAUAUUUAUAAAUUAUUUUUAAAAAAAAAAAGAUUUCUAACCAAAAAAAUAAAGAAAGGCAAUGAAAUGUACCAAUUUAAUAAUUUUACAUCUGUUUAUCAGUUUUUAAAUGAACAAAUGGAUGAAACAAAAAUAAAAGAUAAAAAAUCCACCGAUAAUAAAACUGGAGAAAGCAUCAAGCAAGAUAAAAUAUUCGGUGUGUUUAAUAGAAUAAAUAAUAAUCAAAAUAAUAAAAGUGAAUAUACUUAUAAUAUCUUAACAAAUAAGGAAGAAAAAAUAUUAUUUAUGAGGGAAUAUACUGAUAAUUUAAAUAAUAAUAAAUAUAAAAAUAAUAAAGACAAAACCUAUUCUGAUAAUGAAAAAAAUAAUUUUACUGAAUAUUUUGUUGAAAGCAUAAUAAAAGAUGAAAAAGGUACUUCUAAGAGUCAAGAAACAGAAAACUGUCUUGAUCCAUUUAUUCAAAAUGAAAUAAAAAAAGAUAAUAUACAUAACAAUAAAAUUAAUUUAAAUUAUGAAUUUGAUAAUAAUCAUAUAAUAGAUUAUAAAUACGAAAAUAAGAAUAAUGAAAAAGUAAAAUAUUUAAACGAAAUUCAAAUAAAUGGAAAUAUAGAAGCAUAUGAUGAAAAAAUGGAUGAAGAAAUAGAAAAAGAAAUGAAAAAAGAGAAUGAGGACAAAGAUAAUUCAAAUAAUUUGGGCUACAACUAUAUAAAUGAAAAUGAUUUUGAUGAGGACGAUUAUGAAGAAAAUUAUUUUGAUGAAAACAUUUUUGCUGAAAAUUACAUUAAUGAAAGUAAUAUUGAUGAGAGUGAUACUGAUGAAAAUAAUAAUGAAGUAACUAUUUUUGAUGAUAAUUUUAAUAGUGAAAGUGAUAAUGAUAUGAAUAACUUUAUUAAAAAUGAUAUUAGUGAUGGCCAUAAUGAACUAAAUGAUAAAGAUGAAAUAGAUAUUGAUGAAAGCGAUAAUGAACUAAGUAGUGAAUAUGAAAAUAAGAUUUAUGAAAAUUCUGAUGAGGAAAACGAAUCUGAUCAUUAUUUUUUAGAAAAUUGUUAUUAUGAUAAUAAAAAAAACAAAGAUUUAAGGAAUGAAAAGGAUAAAUCAUUAAAUUAUGAAAAUGAAAAUAAAAAAAAUGAUGUAAAUUAUAAAGAAGAUUCAACACAUGAAGAGAAAAAAAAUUCUGAAAAAAACACUAUCAAAUAUUUAAAUAAAGAAAAUUUUAAUUUAUUUUACACAUACAAUUUAAGUAAUAAAUUUUCAAAUGAUGAAACAAUAUAUAAAAACAACUUAAUAUAUUUCUUUAUAAAAAAGGUUAAUAAUAAAAUAAAUAAAUACAAUGUUAGAAAAUGGGAUACAGAUAAUAUUUUUAAAAUAGUAAAUAAGAUUAAGAACAUUUUUAAAAAAAAAGAAAAAUUAAAACAAAGAGAUAAUUUAUUUUUACAUUGCUUUCAUAUGAAAAAUGAUUUAAAAAAAGAAUAUAAUAAUAAAAAAAAAGAUAUGUACUACUCUCUAAUUAGUAAUGAUAUUUAUUUUGCAUUUGUCUAUUUAUUAAGUGUUGAAGAUUAUGCAUUUAUUUAUACAUUUAUAAAAAAGAUUAUACUAAGUAAUUCUAUUCUAAUUAAUAGAAAACUUAAAAUCAUUGAUACUCUUUUAGUCAGUAUAUAUAAUUUUCGCAUAAUGGACCAGCAAAAAUGUAACAUUAGCAAAAAUAAUAAUAAUCACAAUGUUUUUCUACAAAAAAUUAUUUGCUUAUUAAUUAUUAUAAGAUAUUUAUUAUUUCAUCUACAUAUAAAGAAAAUUAAUAUGAUAAAUAUAAAAAAAUUGUUCUUUGAAGAUAACUAUAAAAAAAAUAUAGUAGAAAAUUUAGAUAAAAGAGCAUGUGAUGAAAUUUUAGAAAUUUUAAUAAAAACUGCUGAUAUUUCAAAAGUACAUUUAUUAGAAAUUAACUAUAAAUUAAUAAAAAAGAAAAGCUAUUUAAUAUAUAAUAUAGCGCUAUUUGAAGAAAAAGAUAUUUCAAGCAAUUUUCAUAUUUAUAAAAAUAAUCCAUUCAAUGAAGAAACAAAAAAGGAAAAAAGAUUUCAAUAUAUGUUUGAAAUAGAAACAGAAAAAGAAAUUCUAAAUCAAUUUCAAAAAAAUGAAAAAAAUGCACUACUUCAUUAUAUAUUAACGAACUUUAAAUAUUUAAAUUUUAACAUAAAUUUUAUUUAUAAAAUAUUAUAUUAUAUAUAUGAAACUUGUUUGUAUAAUAUAUGUUCUUCUAUAUAUUUUAUAAAAAUAUCCUUCUAUAAUUUUAAUUUAGGAAAUAUUUUUUUUUCUAUAUCAAAAAUAAUAAAAAAAUUAUCUCUUGAUGAAAUAAUAAGCAAGCUAAUUGAAUUAAGAUGUGUUUUUAUAUAUUUAAAUGAAUUACAAUUAGUGGGAUCAGAGAAAAAACAAACAAAUGAAAGAGCUAACAAAAAUGAAAAUAAAAAUAGCAUAAAUAAUUAUGAAAAUGAAAGUUCUAAUAAUAACAAAAUAAUGGAUAAUAUAAAUAAUAGUAAUAAUUAUAAGAAUAAUUUAUCGUAUGAUUAUUGUUACAAAAUACCAGAACAUUUAUAUAGUUCCAUGCAUAUGAUAUACAAUUCAAAAAUAUUAAAUAAUUUUAAUUUUUGUAUUAAUGAAGUAAAGAAUAUAGAUUCAUCACUUUAUCAUAAAAAUAUAAAUUUUUUAAAAAGUAGUAACAAUGUUGAAAUUUACAAAUUGGAAAAAAAAAAUAUAUAUGAUUACUAUAUUUUCUUAAUUAAAAAAUUAAAUAUAAAUCCCUAUUUUUAUGACUUAUGUUUUUUAUUAAGAAAUUUAAAUAUAUAUUUUCAUUCUUUUUUUUAUAUAAGUGAGAAAAAUUAUGAAAAAGUAAAAGAAUUGUUUAAUCCUGAUGAAGAUGAUUAUUUAAAAUUUUUGAUGUUAAUGCUAUUAAAGAAAAAUUUUCUUUUAUUUGAAAAAGUAAAAAAUAUUGAAAAUAACGUUUACAGAUAUUUUUAUUCAAAUGAAAAGUAUCAUAGCAUAUUUAUGAAGUUUUUUACUUUUCAUAUUUUAUUAAAAUUAAAAAAUGAAAAUGAUGAUUCCUUAAAAAUAUUUAAUAUCAUAAAUAAAAAAUUUAAGGAUAUUAAAUAUAAUAUAGAGUUAGAUUUUAAUAAAUGGCUUCUUAUGAGUAAAAAAAAAAUGAAUAACUUUUCAAAUUUUUAUAAGUUCAUGGAUAAAUUUAGUAUAUAUUAUUCAGAAAAAUUCUUAAAGUUAGUUGUAGAUAAUAUAUAUAAGUUAGACAUCUUAUUUAUCAUUCUUUUAUCCCAGAAAAAUAAGAAAAUAUUAGAAUAUAUUAUUCUUAAAAUUUUGAUUGUGCUUUUUUUUUCGCGUUCCUCUAAAUGUACUAAUAUUUCAGUAAAUGAUUUUUUUCGUUUUAUUUUUUCAGUUAAUAAAAAAAAAUUAAAUUUAGAGAAGUGUUCAUUUCUUGAUGAAAUAUUUAAUGAGGAAAAAUGUUUACAUAAAAAAAAAAAAAAAAAUUAUAUAAAUAAUUAUGAUAAGAAUCAUCAGCUAACUAUUAAUAAAAGUUUAAAUAUAAUAAGAAAAGAACAUGAUAAAUAUACUGAUAUUGAUGAAGAUUUUAACAUUGAUAAAGAUGUACAUAUAGAUAAAAAUAUUAGCACUUGUGAUGAUAGUGAUAUUGAUAUUAUUAAAACAAAUGAUAUUGAAAAUAUUAAUAUGGAAAAACAUGAUAUAAAUAUUAAUAAAAAUAUUAUUAAUGAAAAUAUUAAUAUUGAUGAAAGUAUUAAUAGUGUUUAUAUAAAUGAAGACUUUAAAUUUGAUGAAAUUAAUAACAUUAAUAUUUAUAACCAUGAUUACAUUAACAAGGACUUUAAUAUAGAAAAUAUUAGUGUUGAUGAACAAGUAAACCCUAUUGAAGAUAAUAAUAAUGAAAAUGAAAAAAUAGAAAAUUUUGCUGAACUUAAUGAACACAAUUAUGAAAUGAUCAUUAAUUUUUGUUUAAAUUAUUUGAGUAAAGAAAAAAUUAUAAAAAUGAUAAUAGAAAAUGAAUUAAAUAGUUUAGUAUUUUUAAAAUUUUCUUAUAAUGUAAAGGUUUUAAGUAUAUAUGAAAAAUCAAAACACAUUUAUAAUUAUUUAAAUAAUAUAAAUAAAUGUAAUAUCUUUUUUUCUAUUAAAAUAUUAGUUAAAUUGUUACUAAGAAGCAAAAUGAAACAAAAGAAUAAUACUAUUUAUCACUUUUUUCUGAUUCUUCAUAUCCUUUAUUAUAUAAAAAAAAAUUUAUUUGUUAUAAAAAAAGAAGGAAAAAUAGAUGAACACUCGGAUUUUUACUUUAAAAAUGAUGUCAAAACGAAUGAAGAAUCUUAUAAAAAUAACAAUAAUAAUAAUAAUGGAAGUAAAAUGAGCUACUUCAAUGAUGUCACAUAUAAUUUAGAUAUUAUAAUCACUAAUAAAUUAUACAUAUUGAAAAGCUUAAUAAUAUUAUUAUUUAUUAAAUUGACAAAUAUAUUUUUACCUUCUAUUAAUAAAAUAUACUUUAAUAAAGCAAAAGAUUAUAUAUUUAUUGAUGAAAAAGGUGAAAUUAAUUUAAAAUAUGAUAUUAGUGAUUUUAUAUUUUUAAUUUUGAAUUUUAUUGACAUGAUUUAUACAAGAGGAUAUGAAUUCAUCUAUAUGAGUAUAUUAUUUUUAAUAGAAUAUUGUUUAGAAUUAUUUUGUGAUAAUAAUGAUAUAAAACAUAUAAAUAUAUCUAAUAUAUUAAUUUUUAACAAAGCGGAAAACUUGAUAAAUGAAUAUAAAAAAGAUUAUGGCUUAUUUGAUGAUAAAGAUAACGUAUUAAAUUUUGUAACUAAGGAAAAUUAUGAUAACAUAAAAAUUAUGUUAAGUGCAAUAUAUUUAAAAAUACUUAAAAAUUGCGAUAAUUCUAUUUUAUUAGUAUGCAAAAUUAUGAUAGGUAAUAGAUUAAAUCUAGGAGAUGAAAUGGAUCUGUUAAAAGUUGUAAAGAAUGAUUUUCUUUUUUUUUUUACAUACAAUAAUUCUAUAUUAAAAUCAAAUAAGCAAAAUAUAUUGUUACAGAGCAAUUUAAAAAAAAUAUCCAAAGAAAAAAAUGAUCUUUUCCAAACAAAAAUUUAUACUUUUAUUAAAAUACUUUUAAUAAUAAUAAAAUACAAUAUAAAUUCUUUUAAAGAUUCAGAAUAUUACCAAACAAUUAAGCAAAUCAUUAGUGACAAUCAGUGGUUCAUUAUGUAUAACGGUUAUUAUGUAAGUGGAGAAAAUGAAAUAAAUUUUCUUUGCAAAAAUAAAAAUAAAGAUAAUGAUAAUUCUUCUGAUAGUAGUAGUACUGAAUUAAGUCAAACAUUAAAAUUGUAUUCAUUGAAUACUACUAAAAAUAAAAGUGAAACAAGUAAAAAUGAUAAAAAUUCUGACGAAGAGAAUUGUAAAGAUUUUCUUAAAGAAAAAUUUAAUGAACAAUUUAAAAUGAUAGAUUUAAUAAACUCUAAUGAAAUAAAAAAUUAUAACGAAAGUGUAAGUAGAAGCAAAACUGGUGAUAAUUUUUCUACAUGCCAACAUGUAAUAGAAAAAUGUGAAAUAUCAUAUUAUGAAAAUGAUAAAAAUGAAAAUAAAAAUACAAAAAUUGAAAACAAUAUAUUUGAUGAUACCUUAUAUAAGAAUAAUAAUGAAAACUCUUAUGUAAAUGAAGAAUUAUCAGAAAAAAAAUUUAGUGAAAUUAAACCAGACGAUAAUGAAAUGAGUAAUGAAGAAGAUGAGUUUUUUAAAUAUAAUAUAUUUAACUCAAAAGAUGUUAUUUUAAAUGAAUAUGGAAAAGGAUUUUUAUCAUUUUAUAUAAAUAAAUUAAAUAAUAAUGAAAAUUGUGAAAAGCAUUUUAAAACAAUUUAUAAAAAAUCGAAAAUGAUUGAUUUAAUGGAAUAUUGUAAAUAUAUAUUAAAGUAUUGGAGAAUUGAAAUGGAAAAUGAUAAAAAAAGUGAAGGAAUGCAAAUUUUAAUAUUUUUUGCAAACUAUUUUAAUUUUUUUCAAAAUUUUAUAAAAUAUAAAAUUAUUUUAAAAUUAUAUAUUAAUAAUAAUUUUAAUGAAGCAGAUGAAAUAUUAGGUAAUAAGAGUGUCUGGAGCUGGUAUAGAAAUGAUAUGAAAAUAAAAAAUAACAUUGAGAAUUAUUUAACAAAAGAUAUUUCAUGUAAUAAUUUCUUCAAUAAUAUAGGGGAUGAUAAAUUUUUGAAAAAUUUAUAUAAGUUUUAUUAUAAAAAUAAUUUUCAAAAAGGCAAUUUUUAUAUGAAAAAUUUUCGCAACAAUAAAUAUAAUAAAAAAUUUCUUAGAAGUAUGUAUAUGCAAUAUUAUGCUUUUAUUAAAUAUACAAAGGAAGAUAAUGAAGAAAAUAUUACAAAUUUUUACCUUAAUAGGAGUGAUAAAGAAGAAAAUGACUGCUUUAAUAAUAUUAAUAAUUUACAUAAAGAUCAGAACGAUGUUAAUAAACAAAAUUAUGAUUACAAUAUAUUUCCUUUAUUUUUCUUAAGUGUUUUAGAAGUUUAUAAAGACACUACUGAUGUUUAUGAUUUUUACUAUCAAUCUAUCAUUUAUAAAUUAAUGAAUGAUCAUGAAUUAAAUAUAAAUAAGUUGCAAUUACUUUAUCAAGAUUUACAAAAAUACUUUCAAAACAAAUUAAUUAACUAUGAUAUAUAUUUAAUGCUUUUUUAUUAUCAAUAUUUUUCAUUUCAAUCUAUUUAUAAUUCAAAUACAAAUAUUAAUUUUUUGAAUAAAAGUGAACAAAAAUUAAUAUUAUACAUGUGGGUAAAAUAUACUCAAUCACUUUUAAAAAAGUAUAGGUCUAAGAGUAGUUUAUCUAAUGUCUUCUAUUAA